AUGUAUUUCUUUACAGAUACUAAUAUAAAUGAUAUUGAAGAUAUGAUUGCUGGGUUUGAAGAAAAAAAUGUAAAAGAAGUUACCUUUGAACAAGUUUCUGACUAUUUAAAGAAUGUCAAAGACUGUAAAGAUCCAUUUUUUGUUGCAGUAUCAAUAUUUAGAUCUUUAGACACAAAUAGUGAUAGUAAAAUUUCUCUAAAUGAAAUCAAGACUCACAAAUUAUUAACCUUUGCCAAACAAUGGGGAGGAAUUCUUGAAAGAAAUAUUAAUAAAAUGAUAUUGGAAUAUGAUGAAAACCAUGAUAAUAUAAUCACUUGGGAGGAAGCAUGUAAUGUGUUCAGAGAUGACCCAGAUGUGGGUGAAGAUGGUUGUGAAAUCAGUACCAAAAGUCUUUUCCACUCCAUAGAUUCUAAUAAAGACAGGGAAAUAACCAAAGAUGAAAUAAAAGCUUACUUAGAAAAAUUGAAGAAAUAA